AGUCAGCCCUACUGGGCUGAUGUCUCCUGAGGAUAACUCAGCUGGCAGCGGUUGUGUUUGAUGUGUGGGAGUAAUGUCUGAGCUACACACACUGGUUGGAUAUCCAUUUGUUUUCUUCCCCCCAGUGGAGAGGAAACCCUUUUGUCAAUGGGUGCUGACUGAUGACAGAGGAGUGGAAUCUUUCUUUCUUUUUUCUUUUUGUCUUUUACGUGACUGAGUGACAAACUCAGUUCGUGCGCAUAUCGUUGUGAGUCCUCGUCGAGGUUUUUCCCAGAACUGCGCAGAGAGAGAGAGAGAGAGAGAGAGAGAGAGAGAGAGAGAGAGAGCGAGAGAGCGCUCCUCCUCCUUCUCCUCCUCCGUCUCUCCUCCACCACUCAUCCCGAAAAGCCAACCCGAGACGGUCUGUCCUCGUCGGAGUCCUCUCCUCGUCUCCCCCCCUUCCUUCAACAUAAUGGGAACUGGAUCCAAACAGCAGCGGUUCGUCCGUCUCCGGCACUUUUCCGUCUCCACCUCAGCGGGAGUGUUUGUCUAACGUGGCUCUCCCUCUUCGUUAAAUAACUUCUUCAUCCUCUUCCUCUUCUUCUUCUUCUUCUUUCUUGGUAUUAUUUUUUUUGUGUGUGUGUGUGUGUGUGUCAAUAAUCCAAAACCGGCGACUUGUCCCUAAACUGCUCUGGAAGAAGGUCGUGUCGCUUUUGGAUGGAGGAUUUAGAAUCGAUGGUGAAUGAGCUGAAGUCAAGCUGGUUGUGAAGGUGCUGGACUUGUUCCCCCCUACGCCCAAAGCCGGACACAGCAUGGCGGCGGGAGUAGCGGCAUGGCUUCCCUUUGCCAGGGCGGCAGCCAUUGGCUGGAUGCCCGUGGCCAAUCUGCCCAUGCCAGUGGCGCCCACUGAGAAGAACAAGCGGCAGGAUGAGCUAAUCAUUCUUAAUGUCAGCGGACGGCGCUUCCAGACCUGGAGGAACACCCUGGACCGCUAUCCAGACACUCUGCUGGGGAGCUCAGAGAAAGAGUUCUUCUUCAACGAGGAGACCAAAGAGUACUUCUUCGACCGGGACCCUGACGUGUUCCGCAGCGUUCUCAACUUCUACCGCACAGGCAAGCUCCACUACCCACGCUACGAGUGCAUCUCCUCCUAUGACGAGGAGCUGGCUUUCUUCGGCAUCGUCCCAGAGAUCAUCGGCGACUGCUGCUACGAAGAGUACAAAGAUCGGAAGAGGGAGAAUGCAGAGCGCCUGAUGGACGACCAGGAAGACAACAAGGACGCAAAGCUGCCCAACAUGACCUUCAGGGAGACCAUGUGGCGGGCUUUCGAGAACCCCCACACCUCCACCAUGGCCCUCGUGUUCUACUACGUCACCGGCUUCUUCAUUGCUGUCUCCGUCAUCACCAACGUGGUGGAGACGGUGCCCUGUGGCUCGUCACCAAACAUGAAGGAGGUUCCGUGUGGCGAGCGCUACACCGUGGCCUUUUUCUGCAUGGACACGGCCUGCGUCAUGAUCUUCACCGUGGAGUACCUGAUGCGCCUGUUCGCUGCGCCCAGCCGCUACCGCUUCAUGAGAUCCGUCAUGAGCAUCAUCGAUGUGGUGGCAAUCUUGCCCUACUACAUUGGCCUGGUGAUGACUGACAACGAGGACGUGAGCGGCGCCUUCGUGACGCUCCGCGUUUUCCGCGUGUUCCGUAUCUUUAAGUUCUCCCGUCACUCGCAGGGCCUGCGUAUCCUCGGCUACACGCUGAAGAGCUGUGCCUCGGAGCUGGGCUUCCUGCUCUUCUCCCUCACUAUGGCCAUAAUUAUCUUUGCUACCGUCAUGUUCUACGCAGAGAAGGGUUCAAGCUCCAGCAAAUUCACCAGCAUCCCAGCCUCCUUCUGGUACACCAUCGUUACUAUGACAACGCUCGGGUACGGAGACAUGGUUCCUAAGACGAUUGCAGGGAAGAUCUUCGGCUCAAUCUGCUCUCUGAGUGGGGUGUUGGUAAUUGCCCUGCCUGUCCCUGUCAUCGUGUCCAACUUUAGCCGCAUCUAUCACCAGAACCAGAGAGCAGACAAGCGGCGGGCGCAGAAGGUACAGAAAGCCCGCCUGGCCAGGAUACGAAUAUCCAAGACAGGAAGCUCCAACGCCUUCCUCCACAGCAAGCGCAACGGCCUGUUCAACGAAGCUCUGGAAUUCACGCAACUUCCAUACAAGAUGAACCUUUCAGAUCAGAGUUCAACUGAGGAGGAGCAGCGGUUAAGCAAGUCUACGUCGCUGUUAGAGAGCCAGCACCACCACCUGCUGCACUGUCUGGAGAAAACCACUAACCACGAGUUCGUGGACGAGCAGUACUACCAGCAGAGCUACCUGGAGGCGGGGCUGCAGAGUUACCCGUCUCGAAGCCCCUCCCUCUCCAGCCAAGACGGCGUGACGGGCACGUGCUGCACCCGCCGAAGCAAGAAGCACCACACCCCUUUACCUAAUGCCAGUGCCCCAGCACACAUGCAGCCUUUGACACACACGCACGCACACCAACAAGGCUUGCAGGAGCUCAGCACCAUCCACAUCCAGCCCCUCAGCACCAGCCGCUCCAGUCUGAACAUGCGUGUAGAUGAGCCAGCACCCCUGAACUGCCAGAGCAGCCAGAUCACCACAGCAAUCAUCAGCAUUCCCACGCCGCCAGUGACGACCCCAGAGGGCGACGCUCAUCUGCCCGCGGGCCCCACCCACCAGAACGUUGUGAAGGUGUCCGCACUGUGAAGACUAGAGUGCAGGCGCGUCACACAGAAAGACAGAUAAAAGACUCAUCGAGACAGACUGAGGGACAGAGGAGGACGGAGGAGGACUGGUGAGGACCGACGGAGGAGGAGGCGUUCAAGAGUACUGGUCUGGUCAUGGUGAAGCCUGCCCUCUGCUGGUCAUGUACUGUAACGACAUGGACUCCCUUUACAGACGGAGGAUGGCUUUUAGAUACAGUAUAUUCAUGUUAGUGGUUUGGUAUGCGUGUGUGCCAGCGAGCGAGAGUGUGUGUGGGUGAAAGAGUGAGGAAUUACGUGUAGGGAGUUUUUAGAUGAGUUCCCAGAGUCAUGUGUCACUGUGCACAAAGCACCUUUUUAUGAUUUCCACUUCAGUUUGACUCUUUUUUCGCAGGAGAUAAAAGGGAAUAGGAAGGAAACACAAAGGGAAAGAAACUUUUUUUUUUCCACCGAUUUAACCCCUUCCCUUUUGUUUUGUGUUAUUUCGGUCCUCUCACCUGUUGACACAGAUAAAUACGCCACCGUUGCUUUUCAGGUCCAACGAUAUUCCGCUCGAGUGAUAAAAAAAACGAAAUAUGGUCGGUGUGUCUGUCGACGGCGUUACCAGUGAGUUUCAUAUUUGUGGAUGAAUGUAUGUGACUUUUUUGCUAGAUAGAGGAGUUGUGGUGUUUUUGGAUAGGAGGUAUGUGCCUGUGUGUGUAUGUCUGUGUGCGUGUGUGUGUGUGGGAACGUGUUCGUCUCAGUCGGUUGAAAACUUGUGUUUCAAUUCUUCUGGAAGUCUCUAUGGCUCAGUAUAUGGUAUAUUUGAUUAGCUGCCACUCUGAAGGGUUCACCGCACACGUUUCUGUCCGAAAUUCUCAGCUGCAAGCCUUUUUACACAAUAUGUGCCUGUUUUUCGGAAGAGUAAAAAGACGUAUUUCUUUGCUUUUUUUAUGGUUUUCCGAAUCCUUCUCUCCCUCCCUCGCCCUCCUCCUUCUUUUCUUUUGGCUGUUGCCGCCUGAACACACCUCAAACGACUCAAUUCUCUGACAAAGAAACCAAAAAAAACAAAACAAAAAAAAAAAAGUACAUUGUUGAAUUCAAACCACCACAAUUAAAAGCACAAGGCGUUUGGCUGAGAAUUUCUGACACAAAUCUGUCCUGAGCCCCGGUUCUUUGUGAAUAUUGUUAAUAGAAUAUUUUGUAAUAUUUCACCAUCGUUUGGCAGAAACCAGUGAAGCUGUCUUCUCGUUCUCUCUCUCUCUCUCUCUCUCUCUCUCUCUCUCCCCCUCGGUCUGUCUCUCUCUCUCUCUCUCUCUCUCUCUCUCUCUCUCUCUC